GAUGACAGUUUCUGACAGAUUUCUUGACUUUUCUUUAUCAUUUACCUUUUUGACGACAUUUAUUAAAUGUGAUUCAUUUUACUAAAGCUUAGCUUUUUAAACGAUUUCUUUAUUAUUUUGGCAAAAUGGCGUUCAAAUUUUGUGUUUGUUUAUGUUUACUUCAAAUGAUUGUUUUUGGUGACUUCACAAUAUAUGAGACGAUAAUACGGCAACCAAUUGUCUUAGAUAACUGCAACAUGACCGAGUGUGCCCCUCCCUGCCCUGGUGCUGCUCCACCCGUUGAAUGUCCAGCUAAUGUCCCGUAUUGUCACUUCGGGUGCGCCUGCUAUACUAACUGCGACAUCGGCGUCGUCACUUGUUUCCAAAUUAGGGACUGCCUCGAAGUACGACGGUUCUUCACCAAGCGAAGAAGAAUUACUAAUCUUGAAUAGAUGGUUUAACAAUGUGUAGACAUUGAUAUUUUGAAGUUGGAUAGUUUUCUUAAAAUUUUCCACUAAGAUUCCUAACGUUAUUGAUGCAUUGACAUUUGGACCUUGGUAACAUGUACUUUAUUCUUUUUGGAAGGUGGUCCAGAAUUUUAAAAUUAUGUAAGUUCCUGAUUGAGACUUCUUAAUUCAGAAAAUAUAGUGCUUAAAUUAUAGCCCUGUGUUAGAUGGGAAGUUGAUAUGUCUUAUUUACGUCAAAAUAUAUUUAUGGCAAAAGUAGGAAACGAAUAAGACUUCCAUAAAGAGCAGUGUUAAAAAUAGCGCUUUGUAUUUUCUGAAAUUCGAGUAUGUGAGCAUUACUUUUAAAUUUGAAUCUAACCUAAUCUACAUGAUCAUAAAAUCGCUACAUGUUUAUUAAAAAAAAGAUUU